AGCGCAGUCCAAUCAUUUAUUCGUUAUGCAGAUAACGAAACGUUUGUUUUAUUGUAAAUCGCGAAUUUUAGACGUUCAAUGAUUGUUGUGAAAUUUCAUAUUUAACUUCAAUAUGGAUUUGAAGUGGCUCAUCAUCCUAAUUGUUGUCAGCUUCUUAACUAAAGUUUCUCUUCAACGUAAGGUUCUUUAUAAGCCAACAGAGUUUCCAUACUCGAGAUGCUUCAAAAAUGGUACAAACCGAAUUUCCUGUGAAAAACUGAACAUUAGUAAAGAAAGACAGGAAAAGCUGAGCAUGUGGCCACCAGGGCCAUACGCAAUACCAAUGUCCGCAUAUGGCUGCCCGGAGUCACAAUCACGAGGAUGGCUGAAAAGCUAUUUGAUUGGCAAUAUUACUGUCAACCAAGACAGCAACAGAUUGCACAGAUUCUUUGGUGAUUAUUAUGUCUCGUCAUACCAUUGGAAAACAUCAAUGAUGACGCUUUUUUUGUGUGUAAAAUUCCGAAAUGAGGCCAUGCUUGAUAAAGGACAAUGGAUUCCAGGAAAUUACAGCAUUUAUAAAAUCGGCUUGUCAUGUCCCUCAGACUUUCAAGAAUCUAGUAUACAACUGCCUACAUUUGAAUUUGUGUCAUAUGGUGUUGUUCCAAAUAUUACAGUUUCUGAAGAAGGCCAAUCUGAAGAGUUUUUGACGUUAUCAUUGUGUAAAAGAACGACUUUUACGGAAACAGGAUAUUCUUAUGCAAAAGUGUCAUUCAAAAUGUUGGAAACUGACUUCAUACUUGAAAAGGAUCCAGAUACAAAUUGCUCCCAAUUCGACAUGUCAACAGUGUCUCAGAAAUUAACAUCUUGUUUUUAUAACCCAAAAGUUACAAACAUUGAUUAUGAAUCGGCAACAGAAUCGACAAAGGUUUGGUUUAUUGACUUACAGCGCUCACUUGAGGUUCUAAUGAUCGAAGUUAAAACUCCAAGAUCG